AUGGACGAGGUGGAAUUGGACGAAUGCACCGUGGUACUCGCAAUUGGCGGCAGGGCGAAAAGACGACUGGUCCCCUUAGGCACGACCCCACUGGGGGCCUACGCUGUGUCGCUACAGAAGCUAGCUGGUGGCAUUUUAGUGCUCGACUGCGAAUUGCACCUCCAGCCAGAGGCGAAGAUUCCUCGCAUCAUCGGCGGCCCGCGGCCGGGACACUAUACGUACCAUUUGAUGCGACCACCGCGAAAGCCGUCUCAAUUUGCCUUUGGCCUAUAUUGCGAUGUCCUCGCCAUGUUCAGCGAUCUUGUGAUCAUUUUCGUCGAAGAUUUCGGAGGGGCUGAGCAAGUUCUUCGGUUCAUAUGCUUCUGGAUGCGAUGCGCCAAAGCGAAGAAUUUCCCUUUUCAAUCUCGCGUGCUCUGCGUUUCAACGGCUCCAGCGGCGACACAUCUGGACGAGUUCAACAUAAUGGCGGCUAUGUCAAUGGAACUGCGCAAGGACGAGCCGGCAGUUUCUUACUCGGCAGCGGACAUCAAGAGCAUCAUGCGAAGGUGCUUUGCUCUCAUACGAGUUAUUGAUCCACUCGACUUGUCCAAGGGUUUUUGGCAGAACCCUAUAUCUGCUAGUACAGUCGAGGCGGGGUCGCAACGCACACCAUUGCCCCGCAGCACAGCGGUCAUCCGCGCUGCGAUCGCCAGUUACGCCGAGCGGCCACUCGCCGCAUUCAACGCAUUCUUGGCUUGCCGGACAUCCAGACCGCUUCCACGACGUUUCGAAGAGAAUCUUAUCGAGUUCAUAGAGAAGAGCCGGAAUGUAGUGCAAGAUCAUGCGUCCAUCGUGGCAUCUGCCCUCGUCAUGGACGCACAUACCGAUGGAGGGAUGCAGAGUAAGCUCCGCAAGCUCGUCGCUAUCACGGCCUGCGAGAUUCGGCUUGGAAUGGAGGGCCUGACCCACGGCAUCAAGCAAAUGUUCACCAAUAUCGCGUCUAGAAUAUUCUUUGCUUUUUCGCUAUUUAUCGAAGACUGGACUCUUCUGGAUUGCGAAUACCACGUGAUGAGGUUGAAAGACCAAAGAUUGGCCAAGAAAAGCAUCAGUUUCGGGCCGAAUCUUACGUGGGAUCUAUCUGAUGUGCUACGAUUCAACAAAGGUAGCGUGUUUGUGAACAUUGGUGGUGUUUACAUCUCCAACGACGACACAAAUAAGGACAUGGAGUAA